CCCACCUCAAAUCAUGCCUAGUACACUGCAGUGUGAUAAUAUAUGUAGACUUUUGUCCUUCAAUUGUAAGUCCAUAAAAAGGUCUGUCGACUUUAUUAAGGCGUGUUGUGAGACGUGUGAUAUAAUCGCCUUGCAGGAGACGUGGCUCCUACCACACGACCUACCAUACUUGGGGAGCAUACAUGAAGGAUUUGGGCAUGCAGGCACGUCGGCGGUGGACACUGCGGCGGGGAUCCUGCGCGGGCGACCCCACGGCGGUGUCGCCCUCUUGUGGCGGAAGGAUAUUUGUCAAUCGGUGUCGAUAAUCGAGUGUGAUAGUCCGCGGUUAGUGUGUAUUAAAGUGACCACCGGUGGUCGGCAGUUAUUGAUUAUGAGUGUAUAUAUGCCUGUAGACAUAAGUGAGAACUUACUGGAAUUUACACAAUGUCUUGGAGAAAUUUGUGCCAUAGUGGAAACUGCUGACGUAGAAUCUGUGAUAAUUUUGGGUGACUUUAAUGCGCAUCCUAGCGAGAACUUUGGUAAGGAACUUUUGGAUUUUUGUUUAGAGAACGGUUUAACUUGUGCUGAUAUUGUUAGGUUAGGUUUACACUCUGAUAGUUACACUUAUCUUAGUGAGGCGCACGGAUCGAGACGUUGGUUAGAUCACUGUUUAGUAUCAGAGUUAGUGCUAAAAUCUAUUGUUGAUAUUAAAAUAAAUAAUGAGGUAUAUUGGUCGGAUCAUUUUCCGAUGGUGUUAGAAAUUAACAUAAACAUUGUGAGAUGUAAAGUAAAUUUGGGUAAUAGACCGCGAAAUUAUGUAAUAUGGGGUGAGAGGAGUUCAGAACAGGUAGGUGAGUAUCAUGACACCUGCAACAACAGGUUGCGUGAUAUUGACCUUCCUGAGGAGCUCAAAAAAUGUUGUGGCAGGAACUGUGACAAUGUGGGACAUCAUAUGAUUAUAAACCAUCUGUAUAGUAGAAUAGUAGGUAUUUUAGUUGAGGCGUCUGUAUUGAGCUGUAAAAAGUCUGUAAAGCGGAAAGGAGGAUAUAUUACAGGAUGGAACAAACAUGUGAGUGCGGUGCAUAGGGAGGCGAGACUGAAAUUUCUGGAGUGGGUAGCUAGUGGUAAACCUAGGUCGGGAAGUAUAUACCAGGCAUUUAGUUACCAAUUUCCAAUGGUCCAAUUGACAAUGAUUUGGUGA